CAUAGGCGGUUUGUUCAUAUAGCAGCAGUUAUCUUACUCUUUUGAUAACUGCCAACCGCCUAAGGCUUAAUUUAUGUAGUAUUCGUGCGUGGUGUACGAGAUCACAAUGUUAACGUUUAAGUUGUCUAGUGUUUUAAAAACGCAAUUAAGUAAGGCGCAUUACUCGACUAAAGUGUCGGGUCAGCUUAGUGACAUCAAUGUUCUGGAUUUGACGCGCAUAAUCGCCGGCCCUUUUUGCACUAUGGCCUUGGGAGACCUCGGUGCCAAUGUGAUCAAAGUUGAGAGUUUUGAAGGGGAUGAAGCCAGGAAGUGGGGACCACCCUUUAUUGGCAAAAAAGACUCUGUAUAUUACAUGAGUGUGAACAGAAACAAGAAGAGCAUCUGCAUUGAUUUUAAGUCUCAGGAAGGGAAAAAAGUGAUGUAUGAUCUAACCAGGAAAUGUGACGUGUUAGUAGAAAACUUCAUACCCGGUAAACUGGACCAAAUGGACGUUGGCUACGAGAAGCUGAAACAAAUCAACCCCAGGCUGAUAUACUGUGCCAUCACAGGGUUCGGGCCCACUGGUCCUUAUGCAAGCAAACCUGGGUAUGAUGUCAUAGCCUCUGCAAUGGGUGGGCUAGUCAAUGUCACUGGGGAAAAAGAUGGAAACCCAGUCAAACCUGGAGUAGCCAUGACGGAUGUGACCACUGGCCUCCACGCCUACGGCGCCAUCAUGACCGCGCUCUACUACCGGCAGAAGACCAACCGCGGGCAGAAGAUAGACUGCAACCUGCUAUCUACACAGAUAGCUAGCAUGAUCAACGUCGCCACCAUAUACCUCAACUGCGGUAUCGAAGGCCAGAGGUGGGGUACGGCACACGCCAACCUAGUCCCCUACCAAGCGUUCAAUACCAAAGAUGGACAGAUGGUUAUUGGCACAGGCUCCAACGCACAGUUUGCUGACUUCUGCAAACUCAUCAACAAAGAAGAGUUGAUUGACGAUGAACGCUUCACAGACAACUCAUUGCGAGUAACGAAUAGAGAAGUCCUAAUUCAAAUUAUAAGCAAUGUCAUAAAGACGAAAACUAGUAAAGAGUGGUCGAAAAUUUUCAGUAAAGCUACGUUUCCUAAUGGGCCUGUGAAUAAGAUGAAAGAUGUUUUCGAAGAUGAACACGUGAAAGCGAUAGGGCUGGUCAAGGAGCUGCCUCAUCCUGACGCGGGAACGAUCAAGUUGGUGGGACCUUCGACUGUUUACAGCGAAGGGGGCAACUACGUGAGGACCGCGCCGCCCUCGUUAGGGCAACACACUAGAGAUGUCCUAAAGAACUUCCUAGGGUACCAUGAUAGUGAAAUCGAUGGGCUGUUUGAAAAUAAGGUUGUUCGGUAAUGGUCCAAAUACCCCUUAGUGCAAGAGGCGGGACAGGGCGUGGCGGUGAUCACGCUGCGGCCGGCGCGCGCGCAGCCACGCAAGAAGGUGGUGUGGACGGAGGACACCGUCGACAAUGAGCACAUGAACAAGAAGAAGUCCAAGUGUUGCUGCAUAUACGAGAAGCCGCGUCGCUUCGGGGAGUCGGACUCUGAAGACAGCGACGACGAGUGCGAGCACUGCUUCGGCCACGUGGAGAAGCGCCACGCGAAGCAUCAGCAGCACGCACAAGCCACCGCCACCACCACCACCACAACCACAGACACGCAGGAUGGACCAGCGGAAGCGACGGCGUCGAUCACGCUGAAGCCGAGCAGCCCUGAGCCUGCGCCCGCGCCGGCCCCCCGGCCCGCGCCCUAGGCUACUGACAAGUGACAACCCUCGCCCAGCGGAGAUAUAGUCUGAUGGCGUUAGUUUCCACACAUUGGCGCAGUUGUGUUGCAAAUGUUGCAAUCUUAUAUUUAGGUUAGGACCUACAUGAAGAAUAUGAAUUCAUUGACUUCCAAAGCGACUGGUUGCAUAUGGCCUGCGUGCAGCUUUUCAUUAAGGCCGGCAAUACACGGACCGCUUGAAGCAGUCAGGAUCAGUUGCAACUGCUCGAGCGGUUCGUGUAUGUGCGUCCAUAGAACUCUGCAGUUCACUGUGCAGUCGCAGCUUGAAGCUGUCGAACCUGACUGCUUCAAGCGGUCCGUGUAUUGCCGCUCUAAGCCGUCUGUCUAGCGUUAUGACAGCGUUAUGACAUUGGUCAACCAAUCGACACGCUUUAACAAGUUAUUGUUAUUCCUUGCUGAAUUCAGGAGUCGAGAACAAAUUCUACAAGAUACUGUUGAUAUAAUAUGUGUACUGUAUUAUGUUGUCAUUGUCCAAAUAAGAUAAAGAAACGUAUUUGCAUAGCAGCAAAAAAAAUCCUAUUAAAAUUUGAAAUUCUUUAAAUAAUAUUUCAGAUAAAAUCAGUGCGUCUUGAAACACAGUCACACAGGGAAUAACUAUUAAAAUAGUGUCCAUCAAUUCUCACAUUUUAGCUAUAAUGGAAAUAGCGGUCCUACAUUGAAGACUAUUGAUUAAAUUAUUUAUAAGAUGUCUUUUAAGUUUCAAUUGUCAAACUGGUAAAGGUUUCCAUAACUUUAUCACUUAACUGUAUUUAACUAUUGAAGAUAAAAUAGAAAUUAUAACAGUAAGAUCGUGCUAUUUA